GGAGGGGAAAAAUAUUUUUCUUUUUUACGAUUAGAUCAUGUCAGAACCCAUAAAGGAAGAGGUACCACCUACAACUAAGCCUGUUGAAAAAGAAGUGCCCACAGGUCCUGUGGAUAAGAGAAUCUUUAUUGGCGGUUUACAUCCUACCGUCUCUGAGAAAGAAAUUCAAGACCGGUUUAGUAAAUUUGGCAAAGUCAAUGCAGUUCAUGUUGCCAAAAACACCGCUGACGAAUGCAGAGGCUUUGCUCACAUGACGAUUCACACCACACCCAAGCAAUGGGAAUCCUGUCUGAGUGUCUACAACGGCGCUAAAUGGAGAGGUCAGGAAUUAAAGCUCGAGGAAGCCAAACCCGAUUACCAAGUACGUUUUCAACAACGUCAAGAAAAGAUUAAAGAGCAAGAAGAAAAGAAACGAAAGCGAUUAUUGAGAUGGAACGACAGUGAAGGUUUUCAUGCGAAAGAUAUGACUCCCGUGACAGAUAACAAUAUGGGUACACGAAAAGGAUGGAAACGAGGUCGUUAUGGUCGUGCUAUUGCCGUCAUGCGUCUCAAGAAGAACGACGGUACCAAGUUUGUGUUUGAACCCACGCAUUAUAAAAAUAAUUUGGAAAAGUUGUACAAUAUCGGUGUCCGCAUGAAACCCGUGAAUCAACUCAUCACCAAAGUCGAAGAAGAUGACGAUGACGAGGAUGAAGAAGCACGUUGGCCCAAACUUCGUAGAUUAUCCAACGAUCACCAACAACAAGAAGAAGAGGAGGGGGAGGAAAGAGAGGAUUACAAGAUGACCGAUGAUGAAAAACGUCGAUUUGCCAUGGAAAAAAUGUUUGCCGAUCAACACGCUAAAAAGCAAAUGAUGCAAAAAGCACUUGUGGCAGCACAAGGGGAUAAACAACACACCAGUUUCGAACAAGAGGAAGAAGAAAAGGUAGAUGAUGUCUUCCAGAUGGAUUUGGAUAAAGAAGAAGAACAUAAGGAACCUGUAGAAGCAAAGAAAUGGAUGUUUGAUUCAGAUGAGGAGGAAGAGGAGGAGGAGGAGUUUAAUAUUGAGAUUAAUCCUGUACUUGAAGGUGAAGCAGGUCGUAAACGUUUAGAACUUCAAAAGAAAUUUAAGGGUGAUGAUCGAUUUAAAUUGGGUGAGGAUUUUAUUGACCCUGCUGAAAAGGAAGCACAAAAGAAGGAAGUGGGAGAUGCUAUCUCUCAAGAAUUAGGUGCAGAUAAAAGUCAGGCUAUGGAUGUCUUGAAUGCCAUGUUUGGUGAACGUAGAGUGGAUCCUAAAGUACAACCUAGAAAUACUGCUUGGACAAAUCCUGCUCGUUUCGAUCCGGAUGCUGAGGAUUCAUCACAAUAUCUUGCUGAUAAACCUCAAAGAGAAGAAGAAGAAGAGGAAGAAGAAGAAGAAGAGUUUACGCCUAGAGUAGAAAGUGCUAAACCCAUUGUCUCUACUGCAAAGCAUUUCGAAGUCAGUACUAACUUGAAACCUCUCUUUGGAGAUGCAGAAGAAGCACCCUUCACCUUAUUCGGUGGUAACAACAACAGUACACCCGUGACAACCAAACCUUUGUUUGCACCUACUCUCAAUAGUAAAUCCGGCAAGGACUUUACUUCGAAUUUUAUUCCACAAAAACCCGAAGGACAAAUCGGCCUGGGUGUCAUGUUCUUUUUCCACUUGGACGACCCUUCCUUGAUGAAAAAGAGUUGUUAUUCAUAUGAUGCAGCAGGUAUUUUCCAACAAAAAUCCGAUGAAAAGGACAGUUAUGAAUCGAAAUGGAGAACACAACGACCCAUUAUUAAAGAAAUCCUUAAAAAACGUCAAAAGAAUGCCGUCAAAAAUCAAAAAAAGAGAUCCACUACACGCGACAGCAAGUAAAAAAAAAAAAAAAAAAAAAAUU